CAGUUUGCAGAACUAGCUCUGCCCUGUUUCCCUCAGUGUGUCUGAAACUCCAGUCAGAGAGAAGUGGGGGAAUAGACGGGCUCGGCUCCGCUCCAUGCGCGCCCGGAUCUGACGGAGUGAAUGAAAUGAAUCCCGCACCUCGUUUAAAGUGGACUAAAACCGCUUCACCAUGAACACCUGCGCCUUUCUGCUGAUUUUGUCCGUCCAGAUCUACGCCGAUGGCAUCGAGGGGCCAACAGCUGCUGGCUGCACUUUUGAGGAGGAUUCAGACCCCAACCUGUGCGACUUCACCCAGGGGGACGAGGAUGACUUCGACUGGCUGCUGUUUCGGACGUACGCGUCGCCUUACGGCAGCUCUGACCUCCUGCGAGGCUCCUACAUGCUGGUGAACUCCUCCCAGCAUGCCGUGGGCCACCGCGCCCAGCUGCUGCUGCAGACGCUGAGCGAGAACGACACGCACUGCGUCCAGUUCAGCUACUUCCUGUACAGCCGCGACGGCCACAGCCCGGGGGCCCUGCGGGCGUACGUGCGGGUCAACGGCGGCCCGCUCGGCAGCCCCGUGUGGAACGCGUCCGGCUCGCAUGCCAAGCAGUGGCACCAGGUGGAGCUGGCCGUCAGCACCUUCUGGCCCAACGAAUACCAGGUUCUGAUUGAGGCGACUGUUUCCAGGGAGCGGCAAGGCUACAUUGCUAUAGAUGACAUCAUGGUGCUCAACUACCCCUGCUAUAAGGCGCCGCACUUCUCCAGGUUGGGAGAUGAGGAGGUCAACGCCGGGCAAAAUGCCACUUUCCAGUGUGUCGCCGCUGGAAGAGCGUCGGAGGCUGAGAAGUUCCUGCUGGAGCGACACAACGGGGACAUUUUAACCACGGCGUCGGUCAAGCAUCUGAGUCACCGGCGCUUCGUGGUGUCCUUCCAGCUCGACAGCGUCCAGCGAGCGGAUCAAGACCUCUACCGCUGCGUCACUCAGUCUCCCAGGGGCUCGGGGGUCUCCAACUUCGCCGAGCUCAUCGUCAAAGUGCCGCCGUCUCCCAUCGCGCCGCCGCAGCUGCUGCGCGCCGGCUCCACCUACCUGAUCAUCCAGCUCAACACCAACUCCAUCCUGGGAGACGGCCCCAUCAUCAGGAAGGAGAUCGAGUACCGCGCCAGCCAGUCGCCGUGGUCCGAGGUCCACGGGGUGAACAUGGUGACGUACAAGCUGUGGCACCUGGACCCGGACACAGAGUACCACAUCAGCGUGCUGCUGACCCGGCCCGGGGAGGGCGGGACCGGUCCUCCCGGACCGCCUCUUGUGAGCAGGACCAAGUGUGCAGAGCCCAUGCGUGCGCUGCGGGACCUCACGGCCACCGACGUCCAGCCCCGGCAGCUGUCCCUGCAGUGGGAGAGUCUGGCCUUCAACCUGACGCGCUGCCACACCUACUCAGUGUCCCUGUGCUACCGCUACACCACCGCGGGGGGCGGCGGGGGCCACAACACCACCGUGCGCGAGUGCCUGGCGGUGGAGCACAACGCCUCGCGCUUCACCCUGCGCGACCUGCCGCCCUACCACAGCGUCCACGUCCGCCUGUCACUGGCCAACCCGGAGGGGAAGAAGGAGGGCAGGGAGGUCACCUUCCAGACCGAGGAGGACAUUCCCGGAGGCAUAGCGCCGGAGUCGCUCACCUUUACCCCGCUCGAUGACAUGAUCUUCCUGAAGUGGGAGGAGCCGGUUGAGCCCAACGGGCUCAUAACCCAAUAUGAGAUCAGUUACCAGAGCAUUGAGUCGUCUGAUCCCGGCAUUAAUGUCCCAGGACCUCGCAGAACAGUAUCGAAGCUGAAGAAUGAGACGUACCACAUGUUCUCCAACCUCCACCCUGGAACUACUUACCUGAUCUCCGUCCGUGCCCGUACAGCCAAAGGCUUUGGCCAGACUGCCCUGACUGAAAUCACCACCAACAUCUCAGCUCCCACGUUUGAUUAUGGAGACAUGCCGUCGCCUCUGAGCGAGACCGAGAGCACGAUUACCGUCCUGCUGCGUCCCGCCCAGGGCAGAGGGGCACCCGUCAGCACGUACCAGGUGGUGGUCGAGGAGGAAACCGGCAAGAAGGUGAAGCGGGAGCUGGGGCUGCAGGAGUGCUUCCCGCUGCCCACGUCCCACGGCGAGGCCCAGGCCCGCGGGACGCCGCACUACUACACGGCCGAGCUGCCGCCCAGCAGCCUGCCGGAGGCCAGUCCCUUCACCGUGGGGGACAACCACACGUACAACGGCUACUGGAACAGCCCCCUGGACCCACGCAAGAGCUACCUCGUCUACUUCCAGGCGAUGAGCAACUUCAGAGGGGAAUCCAGGAUAAACUGCAUCCGCAUCGCUCGCAAAGCCGCCUGCAAGGACCACCGCAAACCCCUGGGGGUGUCCCAGCACUCCGAGGACAUGGGCCUGAUCCUCGGGGUGUGUGCCGGAGGCCUGGUGGUCCUCAUCCUGCUGCUGGGUGCCGUCAUCAUCAUCAUCAAAAAGGGAAGGGACUACUACUCUUACUAUCCGAAGCCGGUGAACAUGAAUAAGACACCCAUUACCUACCGGCAGGAGAAGAGCCAUAUGGGCUCCAUGGAGCGCAGCUUCACAGACCAGAGCACCCUACAGGAGGACGAACGGAUGGCUCUCUCCUUCAUGGACGCACACACCUGUGGCACACGUAGCGAUGCUCGUAGCUCGGUGAAUGAAGCCAGCAGCCUGCUGGGAAGCUCCCCGAGGCACCAGUGCGGGCGGAAGGGCUCCCCGUACCACACGGGGCAGCUGCAUCCCGCCGUCCGCGUGGCCGACCUCCUGCAGCACAUCAACCAGAUGAAGACGGCCGAGGGCUACGGCUUCAAGCAGGAGUACGAGAGCUUCUUUGAUGGCUGGGACUGUACAAAGAAGAAGGACAAAACCAAAGGGAGGCAGGACACCUUGCUGGGAUACGACCGCCACAGAGUCAAGCUCCACCCGCUGCUGGGGGACCCCAACUCCGACUACAUCAACGCCAACUACAUAGACAUUCGGAUUAACAGGGAAGGCUACCAUCGAUCCAACCACUUCAUCGCCACUCAGGGACCCAAACAAGAGACUCUCUAUGAUUUCUGGAGGAUGGUGUGGCAAGAAAAUUGUUUCAGCAUCGUCAUGAUCACUAAGCUGGUGGAGGUUGGCAGGGUGAAGUGCUGUAAAUACUGGCCCGAUGACAGCGAGAUGUACGGCGACAUCAAAAUCACCCUGCUGAAGACGGAGACGCUCGCCGAGUACACGGUUCGCACCUUCGCACUGGAGAGGAGGGGCUACUCCACCAAGCACGAGGUGCGGCAGUUCCACUUCACGUCGUGGCCCGAGCACGGCGUGCCCUACCACGCCACCGGACUGCUGGCCUUCAUCCGCCGGGUCAAAGCCUCCACGCCCCCCGACGCCGGCCCCGUGGUGGUCCACUGCAGCGUCGGGGCGGGACGCACCGGCUGCUACAUCGUGCUGGACGUCAUGUUGGACAUGGCCGAGUGCGAGGGCGUGGUGGACAUCUACAACUGCGUCAAAACACUCUGCUCCCGACGCAUCAACAUGAUCCAGACGGAGGAGCAGUACAUCUUCAUCCACGACGCCAUCCUGGAGGCGUGUCUGUGCGGCGAGACAGCCAUCCUGGUCAACGAGUUCGCCGUCGCCUACAAGGAGAUGCUGCGCGUGGACUCCCAGAGCAACUCGUCCCAACUGCGGGAGGAGUUCCAGACGCUCAACUCUGUGACUCCUCACUUGGACGUGGAGGAGUGCAGCAUCGCGCUGCUGCCCAGGAACCGGGAGAAGAACCGCAGCAUGGACGUCCUGCCGCCGGAUCGCGCCCUGGCCUUCCUGGUUACGACCGAGGGCGAAAGCAACAAUUACAUCAACGCGGCGCUCGCCGACAGCUUCCACCGCCAGGCCGCGUUCAUCGUGACCCCUCACCCUCUGCCGGGCACCACGGCCGACUUUUGGAGGCUGGUUUUCGACUAUGGCUGUACAGCCGUGGUCAUGCUCAACCAACUCAAUCAGUCGAACUCUGCCUGGCCCUGCGUUCAGUACUGGCCAGAGCCCGGCUUACAGCAGUACGGCCCCAUGGAGGUGGAGUUCCUGUCCAUGUCAGCAGAUGAGGAUGUCAUCACUCGUCUGUUUCGGGUCAAGAACGUCACAAGGCUCCAAGAGGGCCAGCUGGUGGUGUGCCAGUUCCAGUUCCUGCGCUGGUCGGCGUACCGCGACGUGCCGGACUCCAAGAAGGCUUUCCUCAACCUGCUGGCGCAAGUGCACAAGUGGCAGAGGGAGUGCGGCGAGGGACGCACCGUCGUGCACUGCCUUAACGGCGGCGGUCGCAGCGGCUCAUUCUGCGCUUGCAACAUCCUCCUGGAGAUGAUCCAGUACCAGAACAUGGUGGACAUCUUCUACGCUGUCAAGACUCUACGAAACUGCAAACCCAACAUGGUGGAAUCCCUGGACCAGUAUCGGUUCUGCUACGACCUUGUCCUUGAGUACUUGGACUGCUUUGAAGGGAGAUAGCAACCACAUGUUGACCACCGCAGCGGCACCCCAAACGCUGGAGAUUUGAUUCAUGGCCACCCUGUGACCCCCUCUACUUUAAUGUCUGGACCUAUGGACUUAAAAGAAUCUUAAAGGAAGGAGAGGAAAAAAACUGGUCCACCCUUAACCUUUAAUGUACAGCCGUGAUUUUCUCCUUGUUGGUGAUGUUCGUCUCUUUUGAUAUAUUUUUGUGCUUUUCUCGAUCCUCUUGACUGAAGUUCUUUUUUUGUGCUAAAUAGUUCUGUGGCAGCAAAACAGUGUUCUGAGCUGCAUCGGACAUGUCUGGUCAGAGGAGGAUGGGUCGCCUUCAUUUAGUUUCAUCGGUUUCAUUCAAACAGUGUGUGUUGGGGUUUAACUCCAGUUUCAGUGUCAUCAUGUAAAUUUGGAAGCUGUUUGUUUUUUUUCUAAGAGCUACAUACUGUACAACAGGUCCACUGUGGUUGUGGCAUGACUUAUCUACCAUACCAUAAACUGCCUUAUUCUCUUGUAACGGGACACAUGUAUUGAAAUGACUGAAACAUCCUCAAAGACGUGUACAGCAACAGAAGGUUCUAACAAGGGUAGACCGGCCCAGUUCUAAGCAGUGCAGAACUGUACAGUAGUGCGAUCUGUUGUAUUUUGCCAUAAUGUUCGUGCUGGAUUACCAUGUGUGCUAUAGGUGGACAUCUCCAGGGAGCCCAGCACUGGGCCUGGUGCCACCAUGUGAGAUUCCUGUCUCUUUACUGUCACAGUGCCAAUCCCACUGGUUGACUUGAAUCCUCUCGCUCCUUUGUUCUAGUGCUUCAUCGCGAUAUACACCUGCAAAUAAACAGGAUGUGCUACGUGGGCUAACGACCCUACUCCAAAGUGUUUCUGUCUUCUGACGGAGGAGCAGGGAGGAGUGUUGGGGCCUUUCUAGUUGUUGUGUACUGUAUGUCGUGCACUGUGCAUGGAAAGCGUCGUCACCACAGCUGUGCUCACGUUGGUGGUUGCAGUCAGUCACUGUUUACUGGAUAAAGCCUGCGUCGGUUUCUACUACGCUGCACAUUAACAAUUAUUAAGUGAGUCCGGGCAAAGACAGACGGUCAACUGUGGCAAAACCCCAUCGCACCGAUGCAACUAACACCGUUCAUGGCCCUGAAACGUAGCAAACCACAGCUGGCAUUCAAACUGGAGCCACUUAGCUCAGCAUCACCACCGAUCACCUCGCCACAGGAUGCACAGGGCCUUUGUGCAGCCGCUGGUGUGUGGAAAGUGCUGACGUGAGAAACGCUGUUCCAUCAACGCCGCUGUGACGCGUCUCAGUCGCUGCUGCAUCACAAGCCUUUCAAGCUGGGGGUUGUGGACAAUUUUCAGCUGAACAUACAUGUAGAUGAGUUGUUUUUAGUGGUGUAUUAUAAAUAAAGAAAUGCAAAAGUAAAUGAAUCAAAAUGGGCAUUAACAUUGCUUAUAAGAAAAGCUUUGCACCCCCCAGUCGCCCCAAAGAUGUGUUUUUAUCUUCAUUUUAAUUAAACAGGAAAGUAGCAGUUGCUGCUUAGUUAUGACAGAAUCCAUAGACAAGAAGCUGCCGCUGUUUUCCACCUGCUGCCUCUGGAUCUGUUAAUGCCCAAAUCGAUAGAAACUGCUGUUCUCCAGCAGGUGUGUGAUACCCAUAAUGAUCCGAGUCGGCGUUGAAUCGUCCUCAGAAAGCGGCGUUUUGUUCCGCUGACGCUACGCUCAUUCUACACUCCAUUAUUGCCCCUCGGAUGAUGUUGUUCUCUACCACGUCGUACAUUAAGUGCACUGCAGGACCUGCCCUGAUCGACAAGGAGAGACCUUGAACCCCGCAAAAGCCGAGAAGUGUGAACUCUGCUCGUCGCCUGCGUCUCAGGCUCAGGUGUGAGGAAUCCAACAAUACACCAACAUCCCCCAGACUCCCACCGUUUCCCAGACAGAGCAGAGCAGCGUGUUUUUAAUAGGACGAUGAACGAGGAUCGCUGGAAGAAGUGCCUGGACACUUCUUCUCAAAGAUGGAAGGAAUGUGUACAUACAGAUGUAUAAUAUGUGAAUAUUCUGUGAAUAAUGUGCUCCAUGUUGGCCCAGAGACGUAGAGUAAGUAACCACAACGCUGAAUGUGCUACUGUAUAAAUGACCAUUUUGUGAGCAUCUCCCGGAGUAUUCGUACAGAACCACAUGUAUGAACCCGCUGUGUGCUUUGCAUCUCAGUCUGUUUCAUUCCAAACUAUUCCCGGUCGACUUCCUUUGACUCUCCCGGCGUGUUUUACCACACACACGCACACACAUACACACACAUAGACUGUGCGGGAGCGUUGUGCUCCUACCAUCCACAUGCCACUGCCACGAGGCGGCCGUUGGUUCAUCUGUACAUGACUACUGUGCUUUUGGCCAUUGUGUUUGUGGUGGGGUGGUGUGUAUUUUAACGGGAGAGGAACCGCGGACGGAUGUAUUUCGGGGAUUGUUCUGAAGAAUAACAGCGAUCACAAAUAAAAAGAAGGGGAAAAAACGAGAA